AUGAUCUGUCGAGGUUGUCGCGCCAGAAAGAUCAAAUGCAUUCUCCCUGAUACGCAAAACUUGGGUCCCUUGAGUACCCCGCAACCCAAAGAGAAAGCCUGCGAGCGAUGUCGCAGCCUCGGUCUGAAGUGCAUUGUUGAUUAUACCUUGCUCGGACGGCCUCAGUCCAAACGUACGCAGCUUGCAAAGUCAGAAGAGCGAAGUCCGAACACCCAGUCGGACUCUUUGUCCAAUGACCCUGCCAAUCUAGACAUCAAGAAGUAUCUUUUCGCCGACGAAGAUGAUAAUAUAAUUCCAAAAGACGGCCGGUCGGAACCCGCUCGCACGCCGCGAAAAGAGGAGGUUUUCCAGUCAAUGAUCCAGCCUCAUGCCUUCUUCCUCUCGGUUCUUGAGAAAGAUCGCCUGUUCGGCUCUGAUGUUGCGCCUGCUACCACGAGCUGGGAUACGCCAUUACCAAUCCUGAUCAGCCAAGAUAUGGCGGCAUCAUUUGAUCGGUGCUUGGUUUGGCAUCGGUUCUUUCUCCCUAAACUACCGGCUCUAGUCAGUCUCCGAGAACGACUGGUAUUAAAUGAUCCUCUCACCAGCAACUGUGCAACGAGGUUGCUCUUUGCGCUCCUUGGCCUGUCUGCAUUUGACCUGAGCGAGAAUAUUACUCAAGAAGACUUGCCAUUAAGAGAAACCUUGAGACAAGCUGUAUCCUUCCUCGGCCAAGAAUUUAUAUUUUCCCCGCCAACGCACCCAGACACCGUUGUUGUUUGUCUUUUCUUAUCAGACUACAAACCAACCGCUAUGGCUACCACGCAAGGUGUCGCUCAUAAAGCAAUCAAGUCAGAACUAUACAUGAAUAUUGCGUACGGCGUCUUUCAUAGACUGGAAUCAGUGAACCAACAGGGGAACCAACUUGCCGACGGUCUAAACACUCCAGAUUAUGGCGAGUUUGAGAGCUGGCUCUUCGACUCCAUUCACGCAUUCCAGGUAAUUGCCGGUCACGCGACAGUGGACGGCCUGUCAGGAAAGCCACUUCACAGUUUACAAGUUUUGACCGAUUACAUGAAAUCUCGCGUUGAUAUGUACCAGAUUGCGCUCACUACUCGCCCGUGCACACCGCGCGCUAUCUACUAUAUUCAAUGGGCUACAUCUACAUGCAUCCUCUUCGAGACAUUGACUAGUGUCAAACAAAGUUUGCACGACUCGAGUGCCUUCAUUAUGAUCACAGAAGAAAAUGAAAGAAAGUGCAUUGAACAAAUUCAUUACAGCAACUUUCUCCUAGACGCCAUCUCCCCCAGAGAUAAUGAAGAGAUGCUGGCCGUCCGUUCAUUAUUGAAGCAUCGAUUUUGCACGGUGAAUAACUGGGGAAUUGCUCUCGGAAUGCUUUACACCUCAAUGCUAGGAAGGAAAAUCCGAGAUGGCAUAUGGGAUAAUAGUUCCGACAUAACCCCAGAGGAUACAACGCAAAUUGGAGCCGAAGUUGCGAAUACUUGGAAGAGUCCCGGCGAUCCAUCAAACAUGCAUUUCAGGGAGAUUCUGGUCCGCUUCGGCAAAGUAUAUCCCAAGCAGCUAAUGGAGCUCCUGGAUAUGUUCAUUGAAUGUUCAAAGAUGAGGCUCAAUGGCGUGAUUUUCCGUCCACCACCGCGAUACUUUGGAAUAGAACGCGUGACAAAUGCCAAAAAUCUCCUCGAGAACAACGUUGUCAUGGUUAGAUCAUUUGGAUACCUACAUUCAGAAUUUCCGAAGCAACUCGAGCUAUUCAAAGAAUGCGCCGAACGACUCGCCAAGAUGGCCUCAUCAUCGGACAGAACAGCUGAAGCUGCAUUCGCUGGCGGAUGCGUCUAUGCCCUGUGUAGCAAGGUGAUCUCUGGAUUUCUCGGUCUGAUGGAAAAAUUGAAGGCAGAGUUCAGAAGUGGCCACAAACGACCUGACCUGUUGGAGGAUAUCACGACGUAUGGGGCUUAUAGCAUUUUCACGGAUACGCCGAGUUCUGGCCAGCUGUCUGACAAUUUAGAUAUGUAUGGGGUAUUCCCUUCUAGUGGCAUAUCCACUAGCCAAAUUGAAGGAUUGCAAACCUUUGAUUGGUCCUCUAUGCUGAAUAUGGGAGAUCCUGGAUUCCAACCGCAAAAUCCAACCUGGUUUGGCGAACCCUUCUUAUCAUGA